UGACCCUCCGUCCGUCCGCGCGGGGGCUCAUCACCUUCCGCCCCAAGUUUGAAAAUCCUGGCUCGGAGGGAGCGAAUGACUGCGGUUGUAUCAGCAUUGCCGUGCCGUUUGAAGAAAAAGACUGAAGUCUGGUAAAACAGUCUUUGUUGUGGUUUCAAUUCAAAAUAAGAAAAAAAAAAAUCAAGCAAACCAGUUCCGGGUGAGUUGCAACCUUUCAGUAAAUGUUGAUGGCACCCUACCAGGAAGAGCUCAAAGGGAAAAUAAACCCCUCGGGCCGAGUCCUGACGAGGAAGUGAGUGCAAAUUUGCUUUUCUUUUUUUUUUUCCUUCUUCUACCGCUCUCAGCAGCUACUUCCUCCUCUGAGUUAUAAGAGUUGCUCACUAUGACGGCUGCGUUGCUCAGAGCGCCGAGGCACAGCAAGCCAUCGAGACGCUCCAAAUCGGCUCUGUCACUCGGCCUAUGUUCUCAGAUGGAAGGUCUUCACCAAAUUCCACUCCAAAAUCGUUUGAUGGAAUUCUUUUCGACGUGAAGCCGAGUCCGUUUGGGAGUUGUCAUUGUUGUAACGGCCGAUCGCCGCGGAGGAAGCGAGCGUUAGAGGGUUCCGACGGUGCGAGAAGAAGAUUCCGACAUCUCCAUGGAGCGCCGAAAGCAGCACGCCAAAGUGGAGCGUUUUCUCAAGCUGGGCUACUCGCACGAGGACAUCGAUAGGGUGCUGAAGAGCCUCGACCAUGACGCCCAGACCAACGACAUUCUCGAAGAGCUAAUCAAGACCUGCCGCGUUCGCAGUGACAGAAGCGUCUCGCGCAGCCCCAAGCUGGUGUCGAGAGGCUGCAGCCCCGGACCCGCCACGCCGGCGCCGGAUCAAGACGGCGCUCUCGCCUUCAGGCCGGUCGUCUUGGAUGGAAGCAACGUUGCCAUGAGCCAUGGAGACAAGAAGGUGUUUUCGUGUCAGGGCCUCCAGAUGGCAGUGAACUGGUUUUGGGAAAAGGGACUGCGAGACAUCACCGUGUUCGUUCCCAUGUGGAGGAAGGAGCAUCCGCGCCCCGAGGCCCCGAUCGCAGAUCAACACAUCCUCCACGAGCUGGAGAGGAGGAAGAUCUUGGUGUACACGCCGUCGCGUUGCGUGAACGGCAAGAGGGUGGUGUGCUACGACGACCGCUACAUCGUGAGGCUGGCUUACGACAUCGACGGCAUCAUCGUGUCCAACGACAACUACCGGGACCUUCAGAUGGAAAAUCCCCAGUGGAAAAAAUUCAUCGAGGAGAGGCUGCUGAUGUACACCUUCGCCAAUGACAAGUUCAUGCCUCCAGAUGAUCCUUUGGGUCGAAACGGCCCCAACAUUGAUGAUUUCCUCCGAAAGAAGCCCAAAAAUGUGGACAACAAACUGCAGCACUGUCCUUACGGCAAGAAAUGCACAUAUGGCGUCAAGUGCAAGUUCUACCACCCCGAGAGGACCAACCGAUCGCAGCUGUCUGUGGCCGAUGAGCUCAGAGACCGAGCCAAGACGUCCAACUACAAACCGAGCGCGCGAGGCCCGCCCGCGCAUCCCCCCUCCCCUUCCCCCUCCAUCAACGCCGACGAGCCUCUGCACAGUGAGCAUUCCGUCUCUCAGAGAGACGGCGGCAGCCCCCGAGGUCCGCCGCGCCCGCCGGCCUGGCCGAACGCGGAAGCGGACGAGGCCAUCGGCUCGCUGGACAGCUGCGUGUCCAGACUCUACAUCCCGGAUGGGCCCCACAACACGAGCUGGCCCCCCUACAGCUACAGCAGCGGCGUGGCCAGCUGGAGCCUGGGCCACGACGACUACUACUCCCUUUCGGGCUCCCACGGCGGCACCGGUCAAAGCUUUGCGAGAACUUGCUGCUUUCCUCACAAUAGCCGCGAGCGAUCAGCGUGCGCCCACUGCACGUGCGGUCGCUAUCCGGCCGGGGCGCCCCCCGGCGCCCGCCCCCCCGCAUGGGCCUCCUGCCCGGCCGCGCCCCUACAUAGAGGUCACUGA